AUGAACCCCUUCUUUCCAUGUUCUGCCCAGGCGCCGCCGCCUAUCUUCAAUCAGCAGACACGCUAUGUCUACAGAACUCGCGACGGCGGUCCGCCUGACAUGGGCAAGCCGCCAGCACCCUCCGGUCCAUCCUUUGGAUUUCCAGGAAUGCCUCCGCCGGGAAUGAUGCCGCCAGGUCCUCCUCCCUUUGGCUUUCCUCCCCCUCCUGGACCGCCUCCUCCUGGACCGUUCUGGUCCGGCGCCCCACCUCCGCCACCAGGUCCGCCAGGAUGGACUUUCCAACCACCGCCGUCAGCUGCUCCUACCCCGUCACACAUGUGCUUCCAGAAUGCAAGCGGCACAACAUGUUUCCCUACAGGAUCAGCCCCACCAGCGUCGUCGUCUGCCGCCGUCUCAGUCACGACAACGACUACGCCGGCUACCUUCAAUGCUUCAAACUACAAGGGACCCAUCUGCACAGCUGGAGGCACGACCGCGGCCACAGGAUCAACGCCGAGCGGCCCAGCUCCAGGCAACCGCGUGAAUGAGCGGCUCGUCAAAGCCGACGACGGUUUUCACGUUCUGGAGCCUGGACAACGAUUUGGCCCACACAUGUCACACACAGCCCUUGUCGAGGACGUUGCCUACAAGGUCCAGUACGCCGACAGCGAUUGGACCGUCGAGAAAGUCAUCGAACUGCUUGGUGCGGCCAAGAUUGAACGCACUGGCCGAAAGUACUAUGGUCAUAGGGAGCUGGUAGGUAUCCAAGAAUGGAUUCCUGAUGCCAAUCGACAAUACUUUCAGGAGGGGUCAGUGAUCAUGUUGAAUGACCCGAAAGCCAAGCAGACAUUGAGGGAAGUUGGUUGGGGGCCGGAUAGGGGCAGGGCUGGUCAGAGGCCGCCCGUGUGGGUGAUGCUGUAUCCUGGCUGGGAGUUGAGGAAACCGCGGUAG